CAAAAAAAAAGCACUCACGCAGUCUGGGCUGGGUCUGCUUGCUGCUUACAAGGAGAGGCACUCUUGUAUCCAUGGUGGUGCAGUGAUAACCUGAGCAAUUUUUUUUCUUUUUCUUUUUUCUCUGCACACAAGGGAGGCUCAUGUCUUUCUAAUGGACAUGAUGAGCUUUGUGCAUUUAAGGACUUUCCUUUUUCUGGUGUUCUCCGUAGCUCAGGUUUUGAUUGUUACAUGUCAAGACGCGACCAGUGGAGAUGACGUGAGCUGUACGGCCGAUGGCCAGGUGUACACAAACAGGGACAUCUGGAAGCCAGAGCCAUGCCGGAUCUGCGUUUGUGACAACGGUCAGGUGCUGUGCGAUGAAAUCCAGUGCGAUGAGCUGACCAAUUGUGAGAAGGUGGUCAUCCCAGACGGCGAGUGCUGCCCCAUCUGCCAGACUGAUUCAUCCACUGGUGGCGGGACGGGCACUUUCGGUGGAGACAGGAUCUACAAGGGUCAGAAGGGUGAACCUGGGGAUGUCCCACUUGUCACUGGUAUUAGAGGCCGCCCUGGACCUAUGGGACCUCCCGGCUCUCCAGGAGACAGAGGACCGCGUGGAAACAAAGGAAGGCCUGGCCUGCGGGGUUCUGCGGGUUAUGAUGGAGAGCCUGGUGUGCCGGGUCAGCCUGGCGAAGCAGGACCUCCAGGACAUCCAGCACACCCAGGAGGUCUGGGGUCCCAGAUGGCUUCAGGUUUUGAUGGGAAAUCGGCACCACAAGGCAUGUUAACUGGCUCAAGGGGAGAAUCAGGAGCGCGAGGACCUCCCGGACCUAGCGGCUCGCCUGGUCAAGCUGGACAACAGGGGCCACCUGGAGAGGUUGGAGAUCCAGGACAUAUGGGUCAAUCUGGCCAAAGGGGACCUGAGGGCCCUCCAGGGAAACCAGGUGAAGAUGGAGAAGCAGGCAAACCAGGAAACUCUGGAGAAGUUGGAUUCCCUGGAUCGGCGGGUGCUAGAGGAUUUCCUGGUACUCCUGGGCCUCCUGGACUGAAGGGUCACAGAGGCCACGGUGGAAUAAUUGGGCAAAAAGGUGAAACUGGAACUGUCGGAUCCAAGGGCGCCACAGGGCCCCCUGGUUCAAUGGGAGGACCCGGACCAAUGGGUCCUGCUGGGAUGCCAGGUGAGAGAGGACGCUCUGGACCCGGCGGUAUAGCGGGUAAACGUGGGCCACCUGGGAAUAUUGGAAAACCUGGUCCGAUGGGUCCCCUGGGUCUCAAUGGCCCCGCGGGAUAUCCAGGAACACCAGGAAUGAAGGGACAACCUGGCCCCACAGGAGUCCGGGGACCCGAAGGCCCACAGGGACAGAGAGGAGAGACGGGUCAUCUGGGUCGAGCUGGUCCAGUUGGCCUCCAGGGACCCAUGGGUACGGAUGGUGGCCCAGGUGCCAAAGGACCAGUGGGUAAUCUUGGACCACAAGGUCCAGGCGGCCAUGCUGGACCUUUUGGCCCACCAGGACCUCAGGGGAGCACCGGUCAGCCUGGUAUCAAAGGACAACUGGGAGAUGUUGGUGUAGCAGGAUUUAAAGGAGAGGCUGGACCCAAAGGGGAACUUGGUCCACCAGGCUCCCAGGGUGUGCUUGGACCUCAGGGUGAGGAAGGAAAGCGAGGAACACGUGGAGACUCCGGGUCUGUCGGACCUUCUGGUCCAGUUGGUGAGAGAGGAUCUCCCGGUAACAGAGGAUUCCCUGGUGCUGACGGGCUCCCAGGACCUAAGGGUGCUCAAGGAGAUCGUGGCACAUCUGGACCUGGAGGGCCAAAAGGUUCUCUAGGAGACCCUGGCCGUACAGGAGAACCUGGUCUGCCAGGUGCAAGGGGUCUUACUGGUACUCCUGGAGUCCAGGGGGCAGAGGGCAAGCCAGGACCGCUGGGUGCCCCAGGUGAGGACGGUCGUCCAGGCCCUGCAGGGUCCAUUGGAAACCGAGGCCCCGCAGGAAUCAUGGGAGUCCCAGGCCCCAAGGGCUUCAAUGGUGACCCAGGAAAGACAGGUGAACAAGGAUCUGCAGGAGUGGCAGGUCAAAGAGGUCCUCCAGGAAAAGAUGGAGAAGUUGGCCCUGCUGGUCCCCCCGGGCCAUCUGGUGUUGCAGGAGACAGAGGAGAGCAAGGACCUCCAGGUGUGAAUGGUUUCCAGGGUCUGCCUGGAAACCAAGGCCCCCCUGGAGAAUCUGGAAAACCAGGAGAUCUUGGUAUUCCCGGAGAGCUCGGUGCUGUGGGUCAAACUGGACCGAGGGGGGAGCGUGGAAUUCCUGGGGAGAGAGGAGACUUGGGCUCAACUGGUCUCCAGGGACCUAAAGGAAUCCCUGGUGCACCUGGUCCAGAUGGGCCAAAGGGAAGCCCGGGUCCCCCUGGUGCACUUGGUGAUGCAGGUCCUCCAGGUCUUCAGGGAAUGCCUGGAGAGAGGGGCAUCUCUGGCCCUCCAGGGCCUAAAGGUGACAGAGGAGCAGUUGGUGAGAAAGGAUCAGAGGGUACACCUGGAAAUGACGGCGCAAGGGGGGCCCCAGGUCCUGUCGGCCCGGUAGGAUCUGCAGGACCCAGUGGAGAGAAGGGAGAGCCUGGACCCAAAGGACCAGCUGGACCUCUAGGAUCCAGAGGAGGGCCUGGAGGAAGAGGUGACCCUGGCCCGAUUGGUUCUGUUGGUUUUGCUGGACCCCCUGGUCCCGACGGUCAACCUGGAGUCAAGGGGGAGCCUGGAGAACCAGGCCAGAAAGGAGAUGCUGGAUCACCAGGACCUCAAGGGUUGUCCGGAGCUCACGGACCUCCUGGGCCCGUUGGUGUUGCUGGACUGAAAGGUGGAAGAGGAACACAGGGUGCACCAGGUCCCACUGGCUUCCCUGGAUCUGCAGGACGAGUCGGACCACCAGGCCCAACUGGUCCAGUUGGAGAAGCCGGACCCCUUGGUCCUCCAGGAAAAGAGGGACCUCAUGGUCUUCGUGGAGACCAUGGAUCCCCUGGAAGACAAGGAGAGCGAGGUCCGUCUGGACCACCUGGCAGCCCAGGAGACAAAGGAGACUCUGGGGAGGACGGACCCACGGGUCCUGACGGUCCUCCAGGCCCAGCUGGAACCACUGGCCAGAGAGGCAUUGUGGGUCUUCCAGGUCAGAGAGGAGAGCGUGGAAUGCCAGGCCUUCCAGGACCAGGGGGUCCACCAGGAAAACAGGGAUCCACGGGACCAUCUGGAGAGAAAGGCCCCCCAGGUCCAGUUGGUUCUCCUGGUGCUAAUGGACCUCGUGGUGAUCCUGGUCCUGAUGGCCCUUCUGGAUCUGACGGCCCACCAGGCAAGGAUGGUCUUCUUGGACAAAGAGGAGCCCAAGGAGAUUCUGGUCCAGAAGGCUUGAUCGGUCCACAGGGACUCCCGGGCCCCCCAGGUCCUGUGGGUGCAUCGGGUGAUGCUGGAAGGCGAGGAGAUGCUGGCUCGAGAGGACCUGUCGGCCCACCUGGCUCUGCUGGAAAGAGAGGAUUAGUGGGACCCCAAGGACCAAGAGGAGAUAAUGGUGACCUGGGUGAUCAUGGAGAGCGAGGACAGAAGGGGCAUCGAGGUUUCACUGGUUUGCAGGGUCUUCCCGGACCUCCGGGAACAACAGGUGAACAAGGAACUUCUGGAAUUGUUGGACCAAGCGGUGCAAGGGGGCCUCCUGGACCUGUUGGGCCUCCUGGAAAGGAAGGAUACAUUGGACAGCCGGGGCCCAUGGGACCUCCAGGAACACGUGGACUCGGUGGAGAAAUCGGGCCAGAGGGCCCUCCGGGAGAGCCCGGACCUGCAGGUCCUCCCGGUCCACCAGGACCUCCCACGGCCGCCAUGGACGACCUGUACGGCCCUCAGGAUUACGACUCCGGCCCUCCCCCUCCCCCUGAGUUCAGUGAGGACGAGGCUCUGCCCAACAGCAACUCCACCGCCUCAUUUGCUGUGGACCCCAGCGUCCAGGCCACGCUGAAGGCCCUCAACAGUCAGCUUGGCAGCAUGAAGAGCCCAGACGGCAGCAGGAAACACCCCGCCAGGACCUGCGAUGACCUGAAGCGAUGCUACCCCAUGAAGAAGAGUGGCGAGUACUGGGUGGAUCCAAACCAAGGCAGUGCUGAGGACGCCAUCAAAGUGCACUGCAACAUGGACACGGGAGAGACCUGCAUCUCCGCCAACCCAUCCAACAUACCUCGUAAAGCGUGGUGGAGCUCUUCAAGGAACAAGCCUGUGUGGUUCGGAGCGGACAUCAACAGGGGAACGCAUUUCAUGUACGGCAACAAAGAUCAGCCAGCGAACUCCGUCACAGUGCAGAUGACCUUCAUCCGCCUCCUGUCCAAAGAGGCAUCCCAGACCAUCACCUACCACUGCAAGAACUCUGUGGGCUAUAAGGACGAGAAGAUGGGCAACCUCAAGAAAGCUGUGAUCCUCAAAGGCUCCAACGAUCUGGAGCUGAAGGCAGAGGGCAACAACCGCUUCAGAUACACAGUGGUGGAGGACUCCUGCUCUCAAGCCAAUGGCAACUGGGGCAAGACAGUGUUUGAGUACAGGACACAGAAAACAGCAAGACUUCCUAUUGUGGAUCUUGCCCCCGUGGACAUUGGAGGCCCCGAUCAAGAGUUCGGCAUCGACAUCGGGCCCGUGUGCUUCUUGUAAGAGCGAUAGCUGGGAUGCGUCGAGGACAAUCCUGAGACUGUUGAACUGACAGCUGACACGCUCAGCCACGUUGUACAUACAAGUACUGAGAACUACUCCGGCCCUGUGGCAAGAUAUUUAUUAUGCCUUUUUGACCAAGUUCAAGACAUCGACGAUUUGUAAGUUAGAAGAAUGUUUGGAAUUGAUAUAAAACAAUUUGGGUAAAAAUCAGAAUCAUUCCUCUGUCUUUUUGUGUAUGUUUGACUUUAAGCUUCAUGCAUGGCCUCAUUGGGUCCAAUGAUCGUAUUUUUUGACUAUUUUUUCACAAUUCACAUUGCCAAAAGAUUUAGGAAUAUAAAAGCUUUAACGUUUUAAUUGUAACUGCUGUUUAUAGGCCCAGAAAAACCCCACUGAAGCUAUGUCAGAUGUCCCGCCAUGACUAGUUUUUACAGAUUUUUUCUUUUUUCAUUUUAAAUGUCCGAAUAUGAAAACAAUUUUGUGGUGCUAUUGAGGAAACACAAACAGCUGAUGAUGCACUCGCCAGCUUGGCUAUUUUCUCAAGACAGUUUUAAUGGAACCACUGUCUGUAUCCAGUUAUUUUAAACUCUGUACCGAUCACGUAGGACAUUAAAGACGCAUUAAGACUGUCGAUUCCUCAGUGUUAGCUACCUCGUCACCGUAACUGAGAAAACGAUGACACUACGUGUAAAUCUUUUUUUUUUUAAUUUUAAUUUUCACAGGUGCUUUUCUGUAAGUGGUGUGAUCUUUGUGCACGUCUCCCGGCUGCGCGGUACAGGGCAGGGUUUGGGGGAUGCCAAUAAAGAUCUUUCUGUCAUCGAUGGAGAGAUGAAUGAGG